AUGGGUGAACCGCAGCAGGUUAGCGCCCUGCCUCCUCCACCUAUGCAGUACAUCAAAGAGUAUACUGAUGAAAAUAUCAGCAAAGGUUUUGCUCCCAAACCACCACCGCCCAUCAGAGACAGCUACAUGAUGUUUGGCAAUCAUUUUCAAUGUGAUGACCUGAUCAUUCGGCCUCUGGAGAGCCAAGGCAUUGAGAGACUUCAUCCUGUGCAGUUUGACCACAAACGUGAACUCAAGAAGCUUAACAUGUCUAUCCUGGUGAAUUUUUUGGAUCUACUCGACAUCCUCAUCAAGAGCCCUGGCAGUAUAAAGCGAGCGGAAAAGCUGGAGGACUUGAAACUUCUGUUUGUUCACAUGCAUCACCUGAUUAAUGAGUAUCGGCCACAUCAAGCUCGGGAGACUUUGCGGGUGAUGAUGGAGGUUCAGAAACGACAAAGACUAGAUACAGCAGAGAGGUUCCAGAAGCACUUAGAGCGGGUAGUUGAGAUGAUCCAGGGUUGCCUUGCAUCUUUACCAGAUGACUUGCCACAAAUGGAAGGUCCUGACACUGCUGGUGAUGAAACAAGAACUGUACUUGUAGGGAACUGUGUGGGGUCUUCUGGGCAGGCUCCACGGCUGAAAACUGAACCUAUGGAUGUAGAGGAAGCAGGAGCCAGCUGUAUGGCAGCGGGUCACCAGAACAAGAGUGCACCUGCAAUUAAAAAGGACAAAAUGUGGGACAAAGAUGCAGCCAUGUGCAGUAUCAUUGACAAAAUUGCCUAG